UGCUGGGCCUUGGCAUGGGGGUCCAUUGGAUCUAUUUACAAAGAAACUCUUGUUCUUUUCUGUUUCGUCGGCCAGGUUUGGGCGACAUAUUAUGGUCGUACAUCAUGAAGCCGGGUUCGGUACGACUAAAGCCGUCAGGGGCCCCUCAUACAUGGUGAAGCCGGGUUCGGUACGACUUAAGCCGUCAGGGGCCCCUCAUACAUGGUGAAGCCGGGUUCGGUACGACUUAAGCCGUCAGGGGCCCCUCAUACAUGGUGAAGCCGGGUUCGGUACGACUUAAGCCGUCAGGGGCCCAUCAUAGACACAAGAAACAAACAUUGGGAUCCUUGUUACCCUCAACAUGGAAAAAGGUUAGUGGUGCAUUGAAGCAUCUGUGGAGACAAAGAAUAUUAUCCAUGGAGUUGAUCUUUUCAACGAAAGAAUUACAUUUACAGUCCAGCAGCUAGCAUGAUGAAACUGAUAUAAGUGAAAGAUAUACUGCAGAAAUAGUAUGAGCAGUGUAAUAAUAUUGACCAUAUUGUCAUAAAUAUAUUCUGAUGAUGCUCACUUUAUUAUGCUGACACUUACAUUCAUACCCUCAGUAACCAGUGGACAUAAGUUGAUGCUGUUGUGCUGUUGAUGCUGUGUGCUGUUGAUGCUGUUGUGCUGUUGAUGCUGUGUGCUGUUGUAAUCAUAAUAAAAUAAUAUCUUUUGAGGAACAAAAUAUUGAUGAGUUGAUUACUUAUAUUGUUUAUUUAGGAAGAUAGAAAAUAAUCUCUCAUUUAGGCAAUAAUUAUAUAUUUGUAUGAUUUUAAAAUUAUUUAUUUCUAGACAUAAGAUAGUUUGUACAGUAAAUAACAUAUAUUGUUAGUGGGUCUAAUGACUUUUCUCACAAAUAAUCUUCUGGUUACAAAUUUAAAAAUACAUACGAGAGAAUAUUUAACAAAAAUUGUAUUUGUAUUCAGUGUGUAAGUUUGCAGAUGAAUAACAUCAUGCAACACAGAGUUGCUACAGAGAAAACAACAUAUCAGAGUCCUGAGCAUCUUCAGGACUUAUCACAUAAGUUAUUUCCAAUGCAAUACAUGGGAAUUCAUACACAAGAAAAACCAUAUCGGUGUUCUGAGUGUCUAAAGGAAUUUAAACAUAAAUCAGCUCUAAGGCAGCACAUAAGAGUUCAUACUAAAGAAAAAGCAUAUUGGUGUACAAAAUGUCUGAAAGACUUCUCAUAUAAAUCUGCUCUAAUGCAACACAUGGGAACUCAUACACUAGACAAAUCAUUUCACUGUUCUGAAUGCCUAAAAGAUUUUUCACAUAAAUCACAUCUAAGGCAACACAUGAGAAUUCAUACACAAGAAAAACCUUUUCAGUGUCCAGAGUGUCUAAAGGUCUUUGCACAUAAAUCAACACAAAUAAAACACAUGAAUGUUCAUUCACAAGAAAAACCAUAUCAGUGUUCCGUGUGUCUAAAAAACUUUUCACUGAAAUCGUCUCUAAUUCAACACACACGAGUUCAUACACAAGAAAAACCAUACAAGUGUUCAGAUUGUGUAAAAGCCUUUUCACAAACAUCAACACUCAUACAACACAUGAAAGUUCAUACAAAAGAAAAACCAUUCAAAUGUUCCGAGUGUCUGAAAGAUUUUUCAAAAAAAUCAAAUCUAAUACAGCACAUAGUAGUUCAUUCACAAGACCAUCCAUACCAGUGUUCAGUGUGUCUAAAAGACUUUAAACAUAAAUCAUAUUUAGUACGACACAUGAAGGUUCAUUCAGUAGAGAGACCAUAAUAUUGAACUUUUACAUAACACACUUUGAAGUGCUUCUUUGGAUCAUUACCUUCAAGAAAGUUGCCUUGCCCAUGGUGAGGGGGCUCUUGAUUCAGGGAAUUGAAACUCUCCUACUCUUUCUGGGAUUAAACUUGUUUGUUUUCUAUUUUACAGGAACUAUAUUUUGAGUUUCACCACUUGUCAUGUACUCUAAAUUUAUUUGUGUAUUUUUUUGUAUUAUGUAUAUUUGUUAUAUUUGUUAGGUAUAUUAAACAGCUGAAGUAAUGUUAAUAAACAUGUCUGUAUAUUCCUAUAGUUAUUA